AUCCACAGAGCCAUACAGAUUGUACAAACCUGGACCGUAACUUCUGAGUGAAGCAUUGGAACAACUGAAACAUAUCCUCAUCCUCCACUUGACAAGGUCAUGGAAGAUCUAGAGGAAACAUUAUUGGAAGAAUUCGAGAACUACUCCUAUAACCAGGAAUAUUACUCCUCAGAGUCCGAUUUGGAGGAGAAAGCCCACCUGGGAGUUGCUCAUUGGGUCUCGCUGGUAUUAUACUGUUUAGCAUUUAUUCUGGGCAUUCCAGGAAAUGCCACUGUCAUUUGGUUCACAGGGUUCAAGUGGAAGAAGACAGUCACCACUCUCUGGUUCCUCAACCUGGCUAUCGCAGAUUUCAUUUUUCUUCUCUUCCUACCUCUGUACAUCUCCUAUGUGGUCAUGAAUUUCCACUGGCCCUUCGGCAUCUGGUUGUGCAAAGCCAAUUCCUUCAUUGCCCAGCUGAACAUGUUUGCUAGUGUUUUUUUCCUAACGGUGAUCAGCAUGGACCGUUACAUCCACUUGAUCCAUCCUGUCGUAUCCCAUCGGCACCGAACCCUAAGGAACUCCCUGAUUGUUGUUGUUUCCAUUUGGUUUUUGGCUUCUCUAAUGGGUGGUCCUGCCCUCUACUUUCGGGACACUCUGGAGUUCAAUAACCACACUCUUUGCUAUAACAAUUUCCAUGAGCAUGAUCCUGACCUUACUUUGAUGAGGCAUCAUGUUUUGACCUGGGUGAAAUUUAUUGUCGGGUACCUCUUCCCCUUGCUAGCAAUGAGCAUUUGCUACUUGUGUCUCAUCUUCAAGGUGAAGAAGCGAAGCAUCCUGGUCUCCAGUAAGCAUUUCUGGACUAUCCUAGCUGUGGUCCUGGCCUUUUUGAUUUGCUGGACUCCUUAUCACCUGUUUAGCAUUUGGGAGCUCACAAUCCACCACAGUAGCUAUUUCCACCAGGUGCUUCAGGCCGGCAUCCCCCUCUCCACUGGCUUGGCAUUCCUCAACAGCUGCUUGAACCCUAUCCUUUAUGUCCUCAUUAGUAAGAAGUUCCAAACUCGCUUUCGGGCCUCAGUUGCUGAGAUCCUAAAGCACACGCUGUGGGAGGUCAGCUGUUCCGGCACAGUGAGCGAACAGCUCAGGAACUCUGAGACCAAGAACUUGUGUCUGCUGGAAACAGCUCAGUGAGUUAUCUGUAGAAGGCUUUUGCAGGGGGCCUGACACAUGCUUUCAGAUUAUUUGGUUCCCAGGUAUGGUAAUAACCAUCUCUUUUUGUUAAGCGGUUUGGUGGUUUUACAUUUUUGUGUGGGUAUGAAACGUAGGAAAGAUCUUCAUUUUUUUCCCCUGCAAAUUAAAUUAUCUGUCAUUCUUGCUAAUUAUACUGCAGUGGAUUAGUCACCACUGUUGAUGCAAUAUCAGCUAUUAUUUUUUUAAUCUUCAUGACUCUGAAGUCCUAGAUCUUAAUGUUAAAUAGAUGAUUAACUCAUUUCAGAAAUGUUAACAUAUGUGCUUAAGUUCAUUUUUAUUUUGCACCGGUAACCUAUGAGACAUAUUUUUGAAGUGUGACAUGUACUUAAUUUCUUUAUUUCAUGAAAUCUAUGUACAUACAUUUAUAAAUUAAACUAAUAGUUGAUUACAGUAGUUUAAAACGUUGUGAACCCUUCAUGCUUAGUGAAGUGUCCCAAAAUCUAGUCACUUAAAAUGACAAUUUAUUGUCCUAACAUCUCACAGUUCUGAGUCAGAAACUCAAGGCACAGAAGGGAGGUUCACCUCUCUCAGCCUCACAAGGUAUGCAGCAUGGGCUCGAUUGGGAGGUCCCAAAUGACCGAGUUUUGGAACAGCUUGUCUCCUCUGCCCUACUGUCCCUUCUCUUCUUUGUCUUCACAUGGCUCUUCCAGUAUGGUAGCUCAGGGUAGCCAGACUUCUAACAUGGCAGGUUAGGGCUCUAAGAGACUAAAGUGGGCAUUUCUAGCCCUCUUAAAGCCGACGCCCACCCCUGACACGUUAUCACAUCACUGUACUCUUUGGUCAAAGUAGUCCUGGUCCAGCUCAGGGUCAAGGGGAGGCCACAUAGACCCUACCUGCCAAUGGGGAUAUGUUCCUAUCCCUAAUCCCUCAUGAAAUCAUUAUAAAUAUCAAGAUUCUUGGAAAAUUCUGGGUAGGUGCAAGUAUGUAUAAGAUGGCUGUAAACAUAAAACACUGGCAUCUAGAUGGUGGAUAGGCAAGCCCAAUCUCAGAAUGUUUUCAGAAAAAGAAAGCACGUAUGACAUUGAUAUAUUUCUACCUUCUAUUCCUCUAACUGUGCACAUGUAGACACCAGUACAAGAACAAUAAAGUGUGCCUUUAAGUCAGUAACCUCUUCAAUUUUAAAAAGCAUUUAAUUUUCUGUAAUGUCUUAAUUUUAUUUUGAAAGUUGGGAGGGGAGCCAUGUUAUUUAUUGAAUCAGUAUCCUUUUUAAAUUUCAUCUCUCAGCUUCUGGAAAUGCCAGUCUUCGAUCGCUUACUGGCUAGGUUCUUUACUAGUAGUCCAUAGCAACAAUCAGAUCUGGUUUUGGAAAUUAUUCCUCAAAAACGCGUGGCAUCGCUCGGCAUGUCCCAAACUUUGCUCAUCCCUGAAUUUCAUGGCUUCUGCCACACCCAGUAUGGAGGGAAGGCAAGGAGAGAAGGGCUCAUUGCGUGUGUCUGUCCCUCCUUGACCAGGGUUUAAGAAAUUCCACUCUGGGGUCCCCGUCACCCUCGAGGGAUAGGCCCUGAUUUCCCAGGAUCGGGAGGAUGGAAGACAAAGAGAGUAUCUUGGGCUCAUCCUUAGUUUGAGCAGAUGGACAGAUGCUCAGGGCUUUGGGGAAAGUGGAAGGCUGAGGAAGCAGGCAGGGGAUUAAGCAACCAAGGGCAGAAGGAAAUGAUGGAGCAGGUGGUGUUACCACCUAGGAAGCAAGAGAUUACCGAAGGCCUAUGAAAAUAUUUGAGAUCUUAAAAAAAAUAUUGUUGGGGGACACCUGGGUGGCUCAGUUGGUUGGACGACUGCCUUCAGCUCAGGUC